CUGCAAAAAAUCCAUACUUAUAGUUUUUCCGGCUUCCCGUCCGCCGUUGUUACGAGAGCGGCCCCUAGAGGCAAAUCGCUGACUCCAAGUGCUGUUUGUUCGUGUUUUUACACAUGCUUCAUAUCCGUUUAUAAUUAUAUCAUUAUACUUAUUAAUGAAAAUAUUCAUAUUUUAUUUAGCACGUUUUCAUGAUUAUUAUUAUUGUACAAAAAAAAAUUCUGUACUAUUUUACAUGUUUUUAUUUUUAUUCGGUAUCCAUUUUGAAAAUUUAUAUAUAGGUUAUCGGCAAAAAUGAUCACACCUAGUUAUCGAUAUCGGUGAUAUCCACUAUUGGUUGACCGCUAGUAAACAUAAUCUUAAAUGUGUCUGGAAAUGGACGGGAGUGAAAACUGAUACUACAGAGUCCAAAGAGACUAGAUGACCAGGCUGAGCAGCGCUCGUGUCUCAUCUGUGGAGACCGUGCCACUGGACUGCACUAUGGCAUUAUUUCCUGCGAGGGCUGCAAGGGCUUCUUCAAGCGCAGCAUCUGCAACAAGCGCGUGUACCGCUGCAGCCGCGACAAGAACUGCGAGAUGUCGCGCAAGCAGCGCAACCGCUGCCAGUACUGCCGCCUGCUCAAGUGUCUACAGAUGGGCAUGAACAGGAAAGCGAUCAGAGAGGAUGGAAUGCCAGGAGGACGCAACAAAAGCAUCGGGCCUGUUCAGAUCUCAGACGAGGAGAUCGAGCGGAUCAUGUCUGGUCAGGAAUUUAAGGAUGAGGGCAACAUGGCGGAGCACACCUGGGGCAACAAUGGCGACAGCGAUCACAGUUCCCCUGGCAACGGCGUCUCCGAUGGCAACCAGCCUUCUCCCGCAUCCACUCUCUCCUCCAAUCGCUCGGUGGAGCUGAACGGAUACACGGCCGCACUCAGGGAGCAGUACAUCGGCAGUGCCGUUGCCCAGCACUACCAGUUCCUGCCUCACCUGUUCAGCUACGCGGCGCAGCCCCGCAGCCUGUACCCGCAGAGCCAUACCCUCAUCAGCCAGCUGGUGGCAGCAGAGGAACUGGCACCACUGGGCACUCCUAUGCUCAUUGAGGACGGGUACCGGGUGACGCAGGUGGAGCUCUUCGCCCUGCUGUGCCGUCUAGCCGACGAGCUGCUCUUCCGUCAGAUCUCUUGGAUUAAGAAGCUACCGUUCUUCUGCGAGCUCUCCAUCGAGGACUACACACGCCUGCUGAGCGCGACGUGGCAGGAGCUCAUCCUACUCGCCUGCCUGACCGUCUACAGCGCCCAGAUCCUGGGAGACCUCGCCAACGUCACCGACAAAUACAAGCCGUCCGAUCACGAGCUGCAGGGGUUCAGCGAGGAUGGCAUGGAGGUGAUGGAGAAGUUGAUCUAUCUGUUCCGCAAGUUCCACCAGCUGAAGGUCAGCAACGAAGAGUACGCCUGCAUGAAGGCCAUCAACUUCCUGAACCAAGAUAUUCGAGGUUUGACUAACAUGGCCCAGUUGGAGCAGUUGAAUAAGCGUUACUGGUAUGUGUGUCAGGACUACACCGAGUACAAAUACCCUCACCAACCCAAACGCUUCCCGGAGAUCAUGAUGUGUCUACCUGAAAUACGCUGCAUAGCAGGAAAAUUGGUAAACGUUCCGCUGGAGCAGCUCCCCCUGCUGUUCAAGGCGGUCCUACACUCCUGCAAGUCCAGCCUGAACACCUACAGGUCAAGCCCCUCCCCCUGUGUGACGAAGGGCUCCGCCCCUGCCAACUAAAAGCCCCGCCUCUCGUUUCCAAACGACGCACAAGGGUUGGAGACGGGGAUUUUCGGGGUCGUGGAGGUGGUGCUCGGAUUUGUUUUACCCCAUUUCUUAAGAAAAGAUAGAAAGAAUGUAAGAAAGAAAGAAAGAAAGAAGGAAAUUAUGAAUGUGACUAGCAGCUAUUUUAUAUACGUUACGAUUUUUUUUCUCCCCCUCUCUCUAUUUAUUACCAGACAGAGCUGAAUGUAUGCUGAUGUACACUGCACACAAUCAAUGCUGCUCGUACGCAAAAUGCACAGACUCCGCCGCGGAGUUUACACGCGCUCGUCCGACUGCAGAAUGUGUUUUUAAAAAAAGAAAAAAGAAGAAUCGUUGCUCGUAGAGACAGAUAUACAAAAAUAUAUAUAAAUAUUACACCUCAGGUAGAGCCUUGAUGAGCUUUCUUUGACUUGCUCUAUUCCUCCCUCCCUCUCUCUCUCUCUCUCUCUCUCUCUCUCUCUCUCUCUCAUACACACACACACUGUACACACUCUUGAGAUUUCCUUCAUCGCUUUUCCAGCAGAAGACAGAAAUCAUCACACACGUCGCUCAAAAUGACGUUUCAUACGUUUGUUUAUACAGUAAGUUUAUGCAGUCACAAGGCAAACGUGUUGUCUCUUGUCGGACCGAACAGUCCGGUGAGGAAGAACGCGAUUUAACUUACAACUGUGACGCUUGUUGUAUUUUUCACCUUGUGUCAGAAAUCUGUCAUAAAUAUGGUGGUUAUAGCCUUAUUUGGGGGAACCGUUUGUGAAAAGUGUGGAAGAGAAGGAGAUUUAAUCGUAGCCUACACACACACACACACACACACACACACACACACACACACACACUAUAUGGACGAAGGUUUGUGGACACCAGAGCAUUAAAAUAAGUUGCUUGUUAUUAUAAACUCCAGUCAUCUGAAAAGAUGUUCCAGUAGAUUAUUUUGGAGAUUUGUGUGAGAUCCAUUCAGCUACAAAGGUAUUAGUAAAGUCAGGGACUGAUAAAGGCUAGGUGAGGGGGCCUGGGGUGCAGAUGGUCUUCAGUAGGGUUGAGGUUGGAGCUCUAUAUCAGGAGAUCUUCCAGUUCAACCCAUGUGAAGUAAAUCUUCAUGGAUCUUGGAAAACAUGUAAUAUUUCUGAUACAAUUGUGUGUCUCCAAACACUUGGCUGGAAAAAUCAGGUGCCCCAAUACUUUGGUCCUAUGUGUGUGUGUGUGUGUGUGUGUGUGUGUGUGUGUGUGUGUGUACACAUAUAAAACACUCCACACUAUAUAUAGGUGUAUAUCUGUUGUUUCUGAAUUAGUUAGAACUUCUACUCUCUGAAAGGUCGGCAGGAAACGAGCAAAACGUUCACCUGAGCGAGUUCAACCAAGGGGAGCGCUCGGAGAACGUGCACCAACCACGUUAACGUGCGAUUUAACGUGUCCUCGCCCAAACCCUGCUCUGCUUUAAAAAAAAAUGUAUUUCACGCUAAACAGAUUAUUUUAAAAACAGGGUAAGAACUGGCUUUUGUUUUUUUUUUGACGUCACUCAAACUCGGAUAUCACAACGACGUACUGUAGGUAGUUGUAGAAGGUUGUAGUUAGUUUGUAGGUGCUUGUUCUUUUUUUAUUUUUUUUUAUUUUAUCCAGGAAAGAAACGGGGUGUCUUUUUUUUUUUUCUUUUCUUUUCUUUUCUCUUUUUCUCCCUCUGAAGGACGCCCGUUAGAUGAUGUUAAAUAUCAAACUCCAAAGACCUGACGUUUAGGGGGAGCGGCGACGUCCUUGGGUGAAACGUCGAGAUGUUUUGAUGCGAAGCCAAACAGUUGAAACAUUCCAAAAAUCGUUGAGAAAAAAAAAAAAAUAAUCUUAAAAAAAAAAAAAAAAAACAACAAAAAAAUAUUCGAGUGAUGUUUACAUAUUUUUGCAGCAGACAAUGACGAGCAGAGGGUCACAGAGAAGUCAGGGUGGCUGGGUGAUGCCCGGCGCCCCGUCCUCCACCUCAAGGCCUCUCGAAUGCAGCUUUAAACCUCAGCGGUAACAAAAUAAUCAGGGAUUAUCAUAGGCACGGGUUAAACGAGGAAAAAAUCAAAAAGACGUGCUCACGAGUGAUACACCGUUUAGUGUUUGGACCAAAUGUUACCACUUUAUACACCUGCUUCUAAACAGCAGCUUCAUUCAUCAAUGUUUUAUUUUUGUCAUUUUAUUUGAGUUGGCGUACGUUAUCCCGGGUUUACUCUCGCUCGCUCGCGUAGCUACUGUUGUGGAUGGUUUUUUUUGCUUUUGGUGUUUGUUUUAGGGUGAAGGCCUAUCGCUUUUCCUGCGCUCAGUCUCAUUAUCAGAGGUCAUGCUGAACUUUUUUUGGUGUGUGUGUGUGUGUGUGUGUGUGUGUGUGUGUGUGUGUGGGUGUGUGUAAAUUGUCUGUCCUUUGAGACUGGGUUGAGGACUACGUAGACGGCACCCUCCGUUCGGCCAACAAUUUUUGACACCUUGGACUACAAAUACAGCCUCACACACGCACACACACACACACACACACACACACACCACACACACACACAGAUGCGCACAGGGCAUUUCUUUAUAAAAAGUGCUUUCGAACUCUUGAACACGUGCCUCAGAGAUCAAUUUGAAAAAUCGCACCCGGCAAAUGAGGUUGAGAUGCAGGUUCAUGAUCCUUGUGAGGAUUCUCUGAAGCUCAGGGAUUUUUUUUUUUUUUCUUCUUCUUCUUCUUCAAAUUCAGAGAUGCUUCACUUCACACAGACCCCUGUACUAAGUGCUAAGACCCCUUUGUAAGACCCUUUGUAACCUCUGCGCCUUUGUCGAUUGAUGUUCCGUCUAUUACAGGACUCAAUAAGAGAGGCCGUGGGCGUUCGGUUCGGAGCUUCCAAGUCUUCCGAACGCAUUGUCCCGUGGCAUUGAAUUUCCCCGUCGCAAUAGGCCUCUAUCACAAAGCGCACUCGUGAAUGUAGACCGUGAUUUUUACUCUCGAUGUGCGUUAAACUGUUAAAGCGUCCUCUGACCUCUGAAACUUCUCUUUCUUUUCUGAAGUUCUUUUAUAGAUAUUUUCGAAUUGUCCUUACGUUUGUAAACCCCCUUUUUUGUUGCAAUUUCUACAUUGAAACUACCUCUUUUUUUUUUUUUUUUUUUUUUUUGGUAGUGUCAUCAUGUUGUGUACAUUCAUUAAAGAAGAAAAAAAAAACCACUUUAUUUAUUGGUUUCGUUGCGCCACCGGACCGUAUCUUUGCGCGUCUCUUGUGUACGCCGGAUCGUUUCGACACGUUUUUCCCCUCAGUGCAAUGAUGACAUCGUCCUAUAAAAUAACCAGUAUUAUAUUUGUUGUAAAGGGUUUUUUUUCCCAUUAAGAAUGUAAUUCUUGUCAGAGCUGUCCUUAUUUCGGUGACUGCUGUUUACAAGCUUUUUGUUGUUGUUGUUGUUUGUUUAUUUGUUUACCCACUGUAAUCAAUGAGAUGCUGUGACACUUUUUCGGCCAAUCAGCUUUUGUUCUUUUGUUUGUUACGGUUACGGGUAUGCCAAUUGGCCGGUAUAAGACUAUCAAAAGUGCUAUCAGUUUUACACACUUGAAACUUUAACGGAAGACACAACAUCGAGUGUUGGGGCUUAUACGAAAAAAAAAAACGAAAAAAAAAAAAACAAUGGAGGCAGAUGAAGGAGGUUCUGAGUGUAGCUGCUGUCUCAGGGAAUAGACACGCUGCUUAAAACAAAAGCUACGUACGUAUAUGGUCUUCUUCAGAUUAACGAUAAAUGACACACAACCACCAGGAAUGUUUCUCAUGUUUACAGUCUUUGAGAUCAUUUCACUCAGCAGCUCUUUGAAGGACAACAAUGAUUUUUAAGCACUAGGAAGAAAAUGUAGAAAAGCAGAAGGAGGUUCAAUAAACAGUCCCAUAUUUUAACGAUUCAGUAAGAAUUUCAGCUUAUCAAAUACUGUAGGUUCUAACGUAAGCGGUUCCUUCAGAAUCUCAUGACCAUCGUAACGUUAGCAAAUUGGCCUUGUUCGAUCAUUCACUCGGAUCGAAUCUCUGUCAGGAAACGUCACGUAAUCAGAGCAAUUCUUCACGUACGCCACGUGUUUUAGGCGCGUUUGUCUCAGGUGCUUUUCCUAAGGUACAUCUCAGACCUCUUUCAUCUGCAACUCUUACUUUAACUACCUGUGAAGAAAAAUGUGACCCAUACGUGUUAUGAAAGCAUGUGUAGAUUGUUUUAGGACUUGAAACCAAAUAAAUGUGAAUCUUAUGCAACUGUGAAAA